GCGCUGUGCGGUGCUAACGGUCGGGGUGGGCAGUGCGGCCGCUCCUCGCGCUUCCCGACCCCGAGAGGCCCUGUAACUGCCCCCCACCCCGAGACCGUCAGUGUAGCUGGAUCAAAAUGGGUGACCCCGAGAAAGGAAAGAAAAUAUUUGCGCAGAAGUGCACUAUGUGCCACACGAUUGAAAAAGGUGGAAAACACUUAGUCGGUCCAAACCUGUGGGGUUUGUUUGGCCGUCAAACUGGGAAAGCUCCAGGGUACAGCUACAGUGAUGCAAACAAAAGUAAAGGGAUCGUCUGGGGAGAAGCCACUUUAAUGGAAUAUCUGGAAAACCCUAAAAAGUACAUUCCCGGAACAAAAAUGAUAUUUGUUGGUAUCAAGAAGAAGAAUGAACGUGCUGACCUCAUUGCUUACCUAAAGAAAGCAGCAUCAUAAUAACGUCUGAAUUAACUUGCUUAUUUGCAUUCUGAAAUUAUUAGUCACCUUAAGUGCCGGUCAAGAAUAAAUCCUUCCAAUAUUUUACAAGCUUCUCCAUCUUCAGUGCUAACCCGUUGUUUGAAUUUUUUUUAACAAUUAAUCUUAGAAAAGCUAUAAUUUGAUUGUGUAGCAAACGCCAAACA